AAGAGGCGGGGAGCAGGCUGCGGCGGCUGUCUCUGUGGCGAGGCUGCGCGGCCGGCGCGAACCAGACGGGCCCUGCAGCGGCUCACUGAGGCCGGGGUCGUCGCUGCAGCCUCCGGGAAAAAGGAAGAGGACUCUGCAGGGCGUACUUGGCAGAGCAGGGAGGAGGGAAGUGGUUCUAGAGACACCCGGCGUCUCUUCUCGAAAUUCUCUCGGCCCUUGUCAGUCGAUUCGUAGCCCGAAAUGCAUGGUCAUGGAGGCUAUGACUCAGAUUUUAGUGAUGAUGAACAUGGUGGAGAAUCUAACAAAAGGAAAAAAAGGACAGUUGAAGAUGAUUUAUUGCUCAAAAAGCCAUUUCAGAAAGAAAAACAUGGAAAAGUGGCCCAUAAACAAGUUGCAGCAGAAUUGCUGGAUAGGGAAGAAGCAAGAAAUAGAAGGUUUCACCUUAUAGCUAUGGAUGCUUAUCAAAGGCACACAAAAUUUGUAAAUGACUAUAUUUUAUACUAUGGUGGCAAAAAAGAAGACUUCCGGCGAUUGGGGGAAAAUGACAAGACAGACAUGGAUGUUAUACGAGAAAAUCAUAGAUUCUUAUGGAAUGAGGAGGAUGAAAUGGACAUGAAUUGGGAGAAGAAACUUGCAAAGAAAUACUAUGAUAAAUUAUUCAAGGAAUACUGCAUAGCAGAUCUCAGUAGAUACAAAGAAAAUAAGUUUGGAUUUAGGUGGCGAGUAGAAAAAGAAGUAAUUUCAGGAAAAGGCCAGUUUUUCUGUGGAAAUAAAUGUUGUGAUAAAAAAGAUGACUUGAAGAGUUGGGAAGUUAAUUUUGGUUAUAUUGAGCAUGGUGAAAAGAGAAAUGCACUUGUUAAAUUAAGAUUAUGCCAAGAAUGUUCCUUUAAAUUAAAUUUUCAUCACAGGAGAAAAGAAGUCAAGUCAAAAAAAAGAAGGGAUAAAACCAAAGAAGAUUGUGAAGAGUCAUCACGUAAAAAAUCCAGAUUAUCUUCUGCAGAAGAGACCUCUAAGAAAAAGGAAAAAGGGCAUUCAUCCUCAAAGAAAUCAGAAAAUUCUGUAAACAGAAAUUCUGAUGAAGAGGAAGGUACUUCAGAAUCUGAACUUUGGAAGGGCCCCCUACCAGAAACGGAUGAAAAAUCACAAGAAGAAGAAUUUGAUGACUAUUUCCAAGAUUUAUUUCUGUGAGAUGGAAGAGAGAAGCCCACAUUCCUUACUGUGAAAGUACACUUUGAAACUCUUCACAAAAAUUUUAUCUACAAGUUGCAGCUUGAGUGGUUUAUCUUCAGAAAUAAAAAUCCAACUACUCUCAAGAUGUCAGCUGCUUUGGAAGUUUUUCAGUUCUAUUGGAGACAUGUUUCCUCAUCCCUUAUAUAUCUUUUUAGAUGCUUAUUUACAGCCACUCCAUCUGUAGCUGCUAGAGGAUAAAGCUAGUACACUGUAUGGAGAGUUCAUUGUUCCUGUAUUUUGUAGGGGUUUUUGUUGUUGUUUUUAUUUAUUCAUAUUUAUCUUCCCUUGCCUGAAUUAAUUUAAAUUAUUAGAAUUAUUGGUGUCUCACAAAAAUUAUAAAAUAGAGUAAAUAUGUCUUCACCUUCUUUCCUUUGAUACACGGGUACCCCUCCUUUUAAGCACCUACUUUCCCAUUACCACCUGGUUCUAGCUGUCUCUUUUUUUCUUACUUUUCUCUUGCUUCCUUCUCACCUAUACUACUUAUGGGAGCUUGUUAUUAUCAGAUUUGACUUCCCAGUGUGUGAGUAGUUUAUUAUAAAGUAAAUUAAUACUAUGAGGCAGCAGGAACAGCAAAUGAGGUCACAGAAGUCUACAACAGUAGAUUAGGUUCACAAAAGUUGACUCUCCAACAGAGAGAUUCUAUAAUAAGAUAAUUUAACUAAUAAUAGUAUAUGCUGGAGCUUAUCUCAGAUGUAGUCACACAAAUACGGAUAUACUUAUAUGCCAGGAUAUAGUAUAAAAUGGAACUUCUUAAUUUGCUGAUCAUCCCCCUUAGAGUCGAUGAAUGUGCUUUAGGAGAUCUAAGCACUCCUAGAAUCUGAGUGUAAACUUCUGUGAUUAUGUGUAUUUAUGGGGGGAAAAGGUCCAUAGUUUUCAUCAAAUUUUCAAAUGUAUUGAUUUUUUAAAAAAAGGUUUUAACCCAUUUUUGUAAAGUGCAACGAGAUGGAUAGGAAGAUGCAUGAUUUAGUGAAGAGAGGACCUGUAGAAAGCAAUCACAGCAUUUCAAUUAUUUUGUUAAUAUAAGUAUUUUAAAUGACAUUUAGACAUGGAAUGAUUGGCAUUAAA